ACCAAAAUUUUAAGGAAAAUCUUUUUUCUUCAGUAUAAAUAUCCAUUGGUCUGUUAGAACAGAAUACAUUCGAAAAACUAGGUUUGCUUUCUGCAAAAAUGAGUCUUCUUAAUCUUAUCGUCAUUACCUUAUCACUGUUACCCACCUUAACAUGCGCUCAAAUAUUGUUUCAGGGAUUCAACUGGGAAUCAUCUAAAAAGGAAGGAGGGUGGUAUAACUUCCUUAAGAACUCUGCACCUAGUGAUCUAGCUAGUGCUGGAAUUACCCAUGUUUGGCUUCCACCAUCUUCACAAUCUGUGGCACCCGAAGGGUAUAUGCCUGGACGUCUAUAUGAUCUCAACUCAAAAUAUGGAAGUGUGGAUGAAUUGAAGUCAUUAAUAAACGCUUUCAAAGAUAGAGGAAUUCAGUCAGUUGCAGACAUUGUUAUAAAUCAUAGAACUGCGGAGAAACAAGACGGUCGAGGAAUAUGGUGUAUCUUUGACGGAGGAACUUCAGACGAUAGACUCGACUGGGGGCCUUCAUACAUUUGCAAAGAUGACACGAAGUACUCUGAUGGCACAGGCAAUCCUGACACAGGUGAAGACUUUGGUGGUGCCCCAGAUAUUGAUCAUACUAACCCAAGAGUCCAAAGAGAACUGUCAGAUUGGAUGAAUUGGCUCAAGACAGACAUUGGUUUCUCUGGAUGGAGAUUCGACUUCGUCAAAGGGUAUUCUCCAGAUUAUACGAAGUUAUACAUGGCGAAUACCAAUCCAGCCUUUGCUGUCGGAGAAUUCUAUGAUGGAAACAAGGAUUUGAUAAUAAAAUGGCUUCAAGCAGCAGGAGAGAGUGAUAUCACUGCCUUUGACUUCCCUACUAAAUUCAUCCUACAAAAUGCGGUGCAAGGGGAUUUUUCUAAACUAAAGGACUCCAAUGGAGGACCACCAGGAUUAAUCGGGUCAUUGCCAGGAAAGAGUGUAACAUUCAUCGACAAUCAUGACACAGGGUCUACUCAGAAACAAAACCCAUUCCCAUCCAACAAAGUCAUUCAGGGUUAUGCUUACAUACUCACGCAUCCGGGGAUACCUUCCAUAUUUUAUGACCACUUCUACGACUGGGGCAUUAAAGAGGAGAUAAUUAAGCUAACUGCAGCGAGGUUCAGGAACGGAAUCAGACCAACUAGCUCAGUGCGCAUUAUUGCUGCAGAUGCUGAUCUUUAUUUAGCUGAAAUUGAUGAGAAAAUUAUUACCAAGAUUGGCCCAAAGAUGGACUUGGGUAACCUUGUCCCGCCAAACUAUAAGGUUGUUGUCGAUGGUAAAGACUAUGCCGUGUUUGAGAAAACACAAUAAAGAAUGGGGAGUGAACAUGGUACUCAUCAAUACGUAUACAAACUAGACAUCGUUGAUGUCCCUUAAUAAUGUAUCAAAUAAAAAGAUCUUAUGAGAAAAGUUCUUUAGUUAACCUUUCUUUGGAAAAUUUCUGUAUGGAACUAAUAUAACUAUUUUAUGGUUUAAGGAACAUGGAAGUACGGAUUUCUCUAUUCAUGUUAA